UGCUGCGCCACAAGGUUGAACAGGAAUGAAUGGUGGUUGUAGUUUUGUUUUCCUGGAUUUUCCUGCAGAACAGCUACAUGCUGUUAUCACUUAAUAAUGGCGCUUCAAAGGACGUGAAAUAAUGUUUAGCUUUUGUUGCUUCACUGCGCGCAACAUUUAAAAAGCACGUGAUUUCUUUUCAAACUUGGUACUUCCUACUCAGCCAAUCACAGCCUUGCGACGCCACAGAUCUAUUUGCAUGCUUGCUGUAUAUCAGCAGCCUGAUCGUCAAACAAGUCAUUCGUUGCUGUAAAACCCAGUAAGGAAACAUGCCUGAACCCGCCAAGUCUGCCCCUAAGAAGGGCUCCAAGAAAGCCGUGACUAAGACCACCACCGGCAAAGGAGGCAAGAAGAAGAAGAGGAGGACCAGGAAGGAGAGCUACGCCAUCUACGUGUACAAGGUGCUGAAGCAGGUCCACCCUGACACCGGUAUCUCUUCAAAGGCCAUGAGCAUCAUGAACUCGUUCGUCAACGACAUCUUUGAGCGCAUCGCCUCCGAGUCUUCUCGUCUGGCUCACUACAACAAGCGCUCCACCAUCACCUCCAGGGAGAUCCAGACCGCUGUGCGCCUCCUGCUGCCCGGUGAGCUGGCCAAGCACGCCGUGUCUGAGGGAACCAAGGCCGUCACCAAGUACACCAGCUCCAAGUAAACA